AUGAAGCUAUUGCCAACAUCAAACGUAAAACUCAAAACAUCCAUUCAUCUUAGAGCUGUUGCCGCCAACGAGAAGAAGGCAGCUGCAAAGUCAGAAAAGGAUAAGGCUGCUGCCAAAUCAAAAGAAGAUCAGGAAGCCAAAGAAUGGAAUGACGGUGCAAAGGGCUCCAAUAAGAAGGAACUGGCUGAGCAAAAACGACUGGAGGAGCUCAAUAAGAAAAAGGAGCGAGAAGCUCUCUUGGCUGCUGAAGAAAAGGAACUAUCAAAGAAACCAACAAAACCAAUCAAAGAGCUUCGCGGCCCUGACAAGGUCGCUGCUCGAAAAACUCAGCAGGUUGAAAGGGCUGGAUCUUCAGACGCCAUUGAAGAAUUCAGUGCAUCAAAUGUGGACGAUGCUCUCGACCUCUUGACUAUAUCUGGUGCAGGAUCAAGCUCGUCUGGCGGGAGAGCUAAUGAGGCUGUUGAGAGGCAUCCUGAACGACGAGUCAAAGCUGCAUAUGCAGCCUAUGAAGAACGCGAACUGCCGAUACUCAAGGCAGAAAACCCAGGUCUCAGGUUGAGUCAACUUAAAGAAAUAUUAUACAAGAAUUGGAAAAAGUCGCCAGAAAACCCAAUGAACCAAGAUACCGUCAGCUACGAUACAACGAAAGCAGACGAACGUGAAGCCAUCGCUGCUAAGAAGGCUGAAACGAUGGCUAGGUUGCAAGUAUAG